AUGCCUGUACCUACAGUGGUAGGUGUUUGGCUAGUGGAAAUUUCUUGUACCUACAUGGGUAGGUGUCCGACCAGUGUGUUGCCUAUACUUAUGGUGGUAGGUGUCCAGCCAGAGUGUAUUUCCUGUACCUACGUGGUAGGUGUCCAGCUAAUGGUUUCUGCUUGUACCUACGUCAGUAGGUGGCCCGCCAGUGGAUAUUGUCUAUACUUGCAUAGAGAUUACUCUGUAGAUGUCCGGCCAGUGUGCGUAUUGCCUGUACUUAUACUACAAACACGAGUGUCCAACUAG